AUGGAGGACGAGGUAUCGGGCGAGCCUCUCUUCCGCGCCAACAAACGACGCAAGGUCUUCCGAAAGCGAGCAGAUCCGCAGGACGACAGCGAAGGCGCCGCCAAUGAUGAAGCAGCAGCUGUUACUAUCAGUAAUCAGACCCCAGAGGUCGAAGAGCCCUCUACCGGAGCUAUCAGAUCCCAGCGAAGACCCAUCAACAGGAAACAUGGAAUCGGUUUCACGAGCACCAAGGGCCGAAACGGAUCACGAAAGGAUGGCAAUGAAGAGAUGGCAGUGGUGCUAGCGAAUGCGCCUGAAGCGCAGGAUGUGCCUGGAAGUGACAGAUUCGUCAAACCGACUGGAAAAGUUGCUGUGGCAGAGGACAAGCAUAUGAUGGCAUACAUAGACUCCAAGCUGGCUGACGCACGCUCGCCGACUCCGCCUGUUAAUGGUAUACAUGGCGCAUCGUCGCUGGGAUCAGUCGCGACUGAGGGGACUGCGGGGUUUGCACCAGGAGCAACUGGCUCUGCAACAAGCCCUGUCCAAGCCGAUGGAGAUCGCACACUCGAGCCAGCCGCCGCACGAAGCUACCGAGUCUAUCAACGACCGACGAGGCGACGGCCCAAGCCAUCCCGCGAUCAAGCAGACAUUGCUCGCGAUUCCAUGAUCGACCAAAUCAUGCAAGAGUCCUCAGUGCCUCUAUACGACCGGCCAAAUGCCGCUGCUACCGCCGCCGAUAUGGACGAGAUGGACAACGAUGCUGCAGCAGCUGAGGCAUACAAGGCUCAACUCCUCGCCGAGAUGGAGGCUCACAAGAGACGACCACCCAAGACAGUCGCGAAGGAUGCGAAAGCGCCGACAGGACCGAAGCUGGGUGGUAGUCGGGCGCAGAGGGAGCGGAUGAAGGCGCUGGAGGAGGCCAAGGGCGGGGGUGGCGUGAAGAAGUAG